UUCAACGUCGGCGUGUAUUGAAGUCAGGAAACUGAGCUCUGGCUAAUGCCAAUCAUGUCGGUACAGUCGACAUCCGUCUCUCAGACUUUUCCCGUCAAAAGUCCUUCUAUUGCUGAAACUGUAAGAAAAUCUAAAUGGGUACACUUCAAAUCCUUGAAAUUUCAAGGAAACACCUUGAGAAGCAACAAUUUCUCAGCUAGGUCGGCCUUUAAUGUUGAAAAUGGGGGAUUCAGAAAGUACCGACAUGGGGUUGGGGAAAAAGAUGGAGUAGUCAUCGUUGAUCAUGGGUCACGCCGUAAAGAGUCCAAUCUCAUGCUAAAUGAGUUUGUGAAUAUGUUCAGAGAAAAAACUGGGUAUCCAAUUGUAGAACCUGCUCAUAUGGAGUUGGCAGAACCGUCUAUAAGAGAUGCAUUUGCUUUAUGUGUUCAACAAGGGGCAAAUCGUGUUAUUGUAAGCCCGUUCUUUCUCUUCCCUGGACGGCAUUGGCAUCAGGACAUCCCAUCCUUAACGGCAGAUGCUGCAAAUGAGUACCCUGAUGUGCCAUAUAUCAUAACUGCACCUCUUGGCCUCCAUGAGCUACUUGUGGUAUGAAAAUUCCUGAAUCUCAAAAAAAUACACAAAUAAAAAAAUAAGAGCAGUGCUAGGGGUACUCGCCUCUUGCACUCUCCGGCCAACACUUCCCCUUUCAUUGGGCCACGUAAGCUUGUUUCAAGCUUUGAGGUGCAACCUCUUACCGACCAGAAUAAUGUGGCCCAAUAAAAGUGAAAGUGUUGGCCGGAGAGUGCAGAAGGCGAGUGCCCCUAGCACUCCUCAAAAAAUAAUAACCUCCUUCAAAUGCAAAAAGAAAUCCUCCCUUUUUUAUCAAAUACACCCCUUUGAUCCCUUUACUUGGUACAUCAUCAUCCUUAUAGAUAUUCAAAAAGGUAAUAGAAUUUGGCUUGCCUUAUAUUCAUAGGAUGCUUAGUUUUACACUUUGGCUUCUGCAAUAUGAUAUAUAGCAUUGUUAUUUGCUGAAAAAUGAAGUAUAAUGGCUUAUUUUCAAUUCCUUUUAUCUUGAAAUAUAAGCUGCUUUUUUCCCUUCUUUUCUCAGCUAGGAACACUGUUUCUGCUUCGGAAUGAUUUUAUUGACAAAUGUCAGUUGAUGAAGAUUGGUUUAUGUGGCAGGAUGUUAUAGAUGAUAGGAUCAGGUACUGCUUAAGCCAGGCAGCGGGAGAUGUAGAUGAAUGUUCAGUUUGUGCAGGAACAACCAAGUGCAGUUUCCAUUGACUUGAGAGAGUCAAUUACCUAUUUAGUUGGAAAACUUGAGAAUCGAUCAAAUGGCAUGUGCAUGCAAUUUUGUGCAUGGUGUAACUCAUCAAAACUUUCCCAAUUUUGUCUUUGUAUUUGUUUUUCUUUUCACUGCAUAUUUUAUUUAUUUAUUAUGAGAUUAUUUUAAUACAACUCAACUCUAUAA